AGGACCCCAGAUGCCAUGGCUGCCCUUGGUAUCACCGUGGCUCUACUGGUGUGGAUGGUCUCCCUCCUGGUCAUAUCCUUCUGGAGGCAGAUACUCAGCAGCUGGAACCUGCCCCCGGGGCCCUUCCCACUGCCUAUUGUUGGGAACUUUUUCAGUGUGGAUUUGAAGGAUGUUCCUAAGCUUAAACAAGGAAUUAUUUUCAACAAUUCUCACACCUGGAGGGAUAUCCGCCGGUUUUCCCUGAGCAUCCUCCGAGACCAUGGGAUGGGGAAACAGGGCAAUGAGGAGCGCAUCCAGAGGGAGGCUCGCUUCCUGGUGGAGGAGCUCAGGAAGACCCAGGGCCAGCCCUUUGACCCUACUUUUCUCAUUGGUUGUGCACCCUGCAAUGUCAUCGCCGACAUCCUCUUCAACAGGCGCUUCGAUUAUAAUGACAGGACGGUUCAUAGGCUCAUGCGUUUGUUCAAUGAGGACUUCUACUUGCUUAGCACUCCUUGGCUCCAGCUUUAUAACAUUUCAUCAGGCUACCUACGCUUCCUGCCUGGAAGCCACAGAAAACUGCUUAAAAAUGUGUCUGAAAUAAAACAGUACACACUUGAAAAAGCCAAGGAACAUCUCCAGUCUUUGGAUCUCAACUGUCCCCGUGAUGUGACUGACUGCCUGCUGGUGGAAAUGGAGAAGGUAUCUGGCAUAGAAUUAAUGAGACUUCCUAGGUAUACCUUCAUGAAGAUGCCACCACAGUGGCCUUUUCAGUGGAACAUUUCCAGGACCUCGGAGUUUGCUUCAUACCUGUUACAGAUGGAUCUCAUUCAUAUCUUGGCAGAGAAACUUCAUGAAGAAAUCGACAGGGUUAUUGGGCCAAGUCGCGUCCCUGCCGUCAAAGACAGGCUGGAGAUGCCCUACAUGGAUGCUGUGGUGCAUGAGAUUCAGAGAUUCAUCAACCUUAUACCCUCCAAUUUUCCCCAUGAGGUGACGCGGGACAUCAUGUUCCGAGGAUACCGGAUUCCCAAGGGCACAGUUGUAGUUCCAGCCCUGGAUUCACUUUUGUAUGACAGGCAAGAAUUUCCAGAACCAGAUAAAUUUAAGCCAGAGCACUUUUUGAAUGAAAAUGGGAAGUUCAAGUACAGCGACUAUUUUAAGCCAUUUUCUGCAGGAAAACGAGUGUGUGUCGGAGAAGGCCUGGCCCGCAUGGAAUUGUUUCUGCUCCUGUCUGCUAUCCUGCAGCAUUUUAAUCUGAAGUCUCUGGUGGACCCCGCGGCCAUUGACCUUACCCCGAUUGCAGUUGGUUUAGGCAGCGUCCCGCCACACUACAAACUGUGUGUCAUUCCUCGGUCGGACUGUAAACGCAGAGACCAGUGUCUGGGCGACAGCCCUCAGAGCCCCUCAGUGUCAGGAAGAUGGGCAGUGCAAGUGGAUGAAUUAGAUCAAAGGAAAUGCUUUCAAAAGUCGGUCUCCAUGCAGUGAUGCCAAGUCCAAGGUAGAUGUUGUGAAGCUAAACUGUACAUCUGCUCCAGGCUGUGUUGAAAUCUGGUAAUUAAAUCUGGUAGCUAUGAAUCUGUCACUGUCACUGUAAGCUCAGUUUUUCUGAAAAAGUAAGUCUAUCUCAUUUACUAGUCAGUUCCUAGAAAAAGUUAACAAAAGAAAAUGGGAUUCUCUAGGUUGGCAAAAGGAGAAGUAAUAUGGUUUUGGUACGAUUUGGUAGUCCUGUCAAAAGCAAGUCACCUUGCUUUAGAAUGAGGAAGCAAUUCCUUGGGCUUCACUGUUAAUGACAUUCUCUCCUACAUUCUAAGGUAAAAUAUGCACAACAAUUCAGUACAAUCACUCCCUAUUAUAUCUUAAAUAUUAAAGUGUGAUUUUGUAUUUGGGAAAAA